AUGAGGCUCCCCGCCACUUGCGACAAUGCGACAUUGCGACUGCGGCCGAUCGGCGUGGCAUGCGACGGCUGCGUCACUGCGAGUGCCGUGUUCGGAGUUUUCACUUUCCAGACUUCGGCGGCGACGGUUGUCACUUCCGUCGUUACUCGCCGCUGUCUCGUUCAAGACUCAAGUUCACACUUCGUACUUCAGCCGUCGUUAUUCGCUUCUUUAAGUCGCUAUGAAUACUCGAAGUCGCCGACGCUGCUAUUCACCGCACAGCGUCUCGUCAAAGUUUAA